AGCGAGGCUCGUGGCAUAAGAUCAAUGUUGAUUCUCGAGCACGACGUUCUUCACCGCGUUCUUCCUUGCACCUCGCCCUCCCACUGCACCUUCCGCCAACAUGGGGCAGACCGUACCCGCCCUCAUGGAUCCUGAAUAUAUGCAUCGGUAUGCGGGCCCGCCAUUCAAUGACAAGGAUGCCGACGUCGUCCUGCGAUCCUCGGACAACGUGGAUUUCUACGUUUACGGGCAGUUCCUGAAGUACAUGUCUCCAUUGUUCAGUUCCCUCUUCGACCAAACGACGUCGCCGCCGCCUCCAUGGGGGAGGCCAGAGCACUGGUGCCUCCCGGAGCACAGCACGACGCUCGAUCCGCUCCUGCGCCUCUGCUAUCCGCAGGAAAGCGUCCAGCUGGUGGACUGCAUGGUCACGCUGGAACUUCUCAAGGUAUCGGAGAAGUAUCAGCUCCGGAGGAUGGUCCUGAACCUGAAGAAACGCCUCCGGGAGCUGAUCAGGGCCGAAGCGAACCCGUUGCGUGGAUUUGUGGCCGCAUGUGGUGCAAACCUGGAGGAAGAAGCUGCGUGGGCUGCCCAGGCCUGGAGUACAGCGCCGACAGCACCGAAUCAGGGAAUUGUGGCAUGGAUUCCAGAGAUGAGCCAGCUGACAGGAGGGCAGUAUUACCGGCUCCUGGAGUUUCGCACGCACUUUCGCCGAACUGGACGGGCCCUCGACAAAUCCAUCAUUGUUCGUGCUGCCGACGUCGUGAAAGAAGAGACACCAGACAUCGAUAUGCACACCAAUAGAGCAGCGCAUCCGUUCGCGCUCCCGACAGAGACGACGGACCUCGUUCUGCGCUCCUGCGACGGCGAGAUGUUCUUCGUGAACAAGACCGUCGUGACUAUCGCAGCACCGAAGAUGGCAGAUAUGUUCGAUCAGCCCGACCUUCCGUUGCACCAAGAUUAUCCAAUCGUGUCUUUGCCGGAGAAGGCGCAGGUAGUGCGUUGCCUGUUGGAGGCCGUCUGGCCAACAGUUUCCGCAUGCACGCUGGACGCGGAAGACCCAUGGAAUGUAGCGUUGAUGCUGAAUUAUGCUGACAAAUGGGGGAUGAUCAAGGCGUCGACCGAAAUCACUCACGUGUGGCAAAUGGCGGUGGAUAGCCUUGAUGCGUUUGAAUGCUAUCUUGCAGCGACUAGACGCGGUGGGUGGGGGGAGGAGGCCGACACAUGUAUGAGAUACGCCUCAGCCAUCCGCCAUACGGACAGGCACAGCCUCCAGCUGGAGAUCGUCUCCGCGAGUGUGUACCAUCGUUUUCUCCUGUACCGCUGGAGAAUGCGAUUGGCAGUUUUUGAAGAGUUAAAGAAGGAACUGCCGGGGGAUAUCGGGGACGAACAGGUGGCAAGGCAGUUGCUGUAUUGGGCGGACAAUGACAACGAUUUCGCGGGGACACCGGACGUGAUUCCUGGAGCUGUCUCGGGGUUGUGUCUUUUGAUAAGUCGCAAAUGCGAUGCUUCGUCCGCUCUUCGGCGCAUCGAGAGAAUUUGGACACAGCUUUUGACGAGAAUCGCUCUUUUUGCUGCUCAUAUCACCGAAGGGCGGGCGCGUAACGUUGAUCAGAUAGAAGCUGCGAUCAAGACAGCUUUCAAGCAGAUCGAUCCAGGAUGCCCAGAUGAUGAUGGGUGAACUAGUGAAUAUUCACGGACCGUCGCGGAGACGGAAUGAACGGAUCGCGAUCAAAGGGCCCGGUGCAGAGAUCUUGUGCGAAGGCCACAUGUACUGAUCCGCCGGCUCAUAGCAUAGGUAAUGAUGGUCCAUCAGUGAAUAUGUACUGCAAUACAAAAGACAAAGCUAUGGAAAUGUAAGACUAACUGCAGCGAUAAGCUUGCGCGGAACAUUUUCAGCAG